UUAAAGAGAAAUUCGAGAAGAGAAGUCAUCGUACCACUCUCGGAAAUUCUAGAAAGGCCUAUAUCGACGACAGUUUAUUUGUGAUUAACACCCGACGCCGACACUGAAAGCUCGCUCUAGGUCAACCUUAGGGAGACUCGCGUCGACUUUUCUAUCAACCAUUGGAGGCCUAUCUACGCUUACAUACAGUACUUCGGACAUACCCACGAGGUGACGGACCGGAAACUGGGCACAGCGACAACAAACUUUCCCUUCGCCGCCAGUCCACGCGUCAAAAACGCAAAACGAGUCUGAGCACUCCGUUUCCCGUUUCCGCGAUCAUAGCAGACGACGAGAACUAAGCUAGAAGGUCGGAAUUGACAUUAUCAUUUGCAUCGAGCAAUGGCGAGUUCGAAUCCGCAGAAUGUCAUUCGUAGGAAACUAGUCAUCAUCGGCGAUGGAGCUUGUGGUAAGACCUCUUUAUUGAGCGUCUUCACCUUAGGAUACUUCCCAACUCACUACAUCCCGACCGUAUUUGAGAACUAUGUCACAGACUGCAGAGUAGACGGCAAGUCGGUACAAUUAGCACUAUGGGAUACCGCCGGCCAGGAAGACUACGAACGACUGCGACCGCUCGCAUACUCGAAGGCGCACGUGUUAUUGAUAGGGUUUUCGAUCGAAUCGCCGGAUUCACUUGACAAUGUGAAACACAAGUGGAUAGAAGAAGCGACGGAGCGGUGUCCGGGGGUCCCCAUCAUCCUAGUAGGCCUGAAGAAGGAUCUGCGCGACGACCCCGUGGCGAUCGAGGAGAUGCGCAAGAAGAGUCUCAAGUUCGUGACGGAACGGCAGGGCGAGCAAGCGGCACAGGAAAUCGGCGCGCGAAAAUAUCUCGAGUGCUCGAGUCUUAGCGGCGAGGGUGUCGACGACGUCUUCGAGGCCGCGACCCGCGCCGCCUUGCUUACUUUCGAAAAAGGAGAGGGCGCCGGGUGCUGCGUCAUAUUAUGAGACAGCACAAACGCGAUGCGAUACAGCGGUAUAGAAACGGGGGAGAAGAACGCGACGACGAGUUUUCCGCGAAACGACUAAAAAGAGGUGUAUACCGGAGCCGAAGGGAGUUUAGCGGGAAUGGCAUUUUGGAUAGUUCGCUUUCCUUUGUUAUCAUCUUGGGACGUGAGAAGAGGAGAGACGCAUGAACGGGGGGAAGAGGUAGGGGCGCCACUAGGAGCUUGCGAGCCGGAAAGAAGCAAUAGGGGGGGCAGAGAUCUACCACCAAACCCACCAAUAUCGAGGCGAAAAAGGCUGCUUGCGAGGACUCGACUACACUACUACAUACCCAGCAAGCAUCACGACCACAUUAUCUACCUGCAUAUCUACAUAUACCAUCUAUCGAGAGUGUCGAAGAGAUAUCUUAACGCGACACCUGGACUUUCGCUCGCCUACAGAUGAAACCUACCUGCA